UGAAUGUAUGCUUAUACAUAUGUGCAAAUGCAGAAAAAAUAAUGUGUGAUCAAAAGUCUUGAUGCAGAAAUGCUACAAACAUCUGAAUAAAUUGGCAUUAAAAGGAUUACUCCUACCAGUUGUAAGGAAUUGAUGUUGUUGGUAAUACAUGUUCAGCUCAUUCAGAAUUAGAGCUUGUUUUUAGAAUAAAAUAUAUAUAGAAGUUAUGCAAGUACACCUUGGGAGAGGCAUUUUUGA